CCUCUGGAAGAAUACCCAGUGCUCUUAACCACUGAGCCAUCUCUCCAGCCCAUAAUAAGAAGUUUUAAUUGAGUGAUGUCAUAUUAAAGGUUCUGACACACUGCGAACACUCAAACUAUGUUAGCUCUUGAUGAUGUUGUCAGGUUAUAGUUCGGAAAGAUCCUAGGCAACAGUAGAGCUUGUGUUUCUGUCUGGUUGUUUUCUUUUAUAGCCCAGAGAGGCUUCAGACUUGCAACCCCUGCCUCAGCUUUCCAAGUGGAGACUGGAGGCUCGAUCCUCCAUAUCUAGUUCAAAUGGGAUAGUUCAUGCUGUUUGUUUGUUAUUAUUUGUAGAACUUUGGGUUUAACCUAGGGCUUUUUGUGUGCUAGGCAUGUAUUUUACCACUGAGCCCUAUCCUUAGCUCUGUUUGUUGAUAGGAUAUUUGUUAUAUACAGGUGCAGGGAAAGGGCGGCCUCUAUACCAAAUAAUUUUCAUAGCUAUCCAUGCCCUGCUUCUGAGGGCUGACACGCAACAAUAGCAUGGGGGAUGGAAUUAAAGUAGCAACUGAGCUGGAAGGGUUGAUACUCCAAAUUAUAAAUCUUGUUUGACCUCAGAUGGGGAGGCACUUCCAUGUGGUGUAACUUGGGUGUCCGAGAGUCACUUUGGACUCUUUUCUACUUCUGAAUAGUUUCCAUUAUUCUAGUGUGGUAGGCUCGACAGAGGGAUGGGAAUUAGAGAGUGAUUAAUUAAAGCAAGCUGAUCUGGUGUGAAUGUUCCGAGAAUGACUUAUCCUGUAAUCUUUCUCAGUAUUAGGCCUUUUAAUCUGAGAUAACGUGAGGAGGUGACCCUGAACAGCCCAUUUAUUGUAGACUUUGGAAGAUCCCUCGUGGGUUUAGCUACCAAGACAUAGAAGGCCAGACUUCGAAAGUCACUUAGCAGUUGUUGUAAUGCUCUUGUAAGGAGCUGGGUACCUUCAAGUGUCUUGUUUGCCUCUGACUUUGCACAAAUACAGCGAAUCUUUGGCUGUGAGCCUGCAUGCCCUAACACAGGCACAGCACAAGGCAGUAAGCUAAGCUUACAGUCACCAGAGUGCCUGGAACCCUGGCUGCCUAGGCAUUUUUCUUACACGGAGGGCCGCAGGAACACAAGGAGAACGUGUUUGUGGGGCAGUCAAAGAUCUAUGCCUACAUGAGUCCAAACAAGUGCUCUGGAAUGCGUUCCCCUCUUCAGGAAGAGAACUCAGUUGCACAUCACGAGGUCAAAUGCCAGGGGAAGCCAUUAGCUGGAAUCUACAGGAAGCGAGAAGAGAAAAGAAAUGCUGGGAAUACAAUCCGAAGCUCCGUGAAGUCCGAUGAACAGAAGAUCAAAGACGCCAGGAGAGGUCCCCUGGCACCUUUUCCAAACCAAAAAUCUGAAGCAGCAGAGCCUCCAAAAACUCCACCCCCGUCAUGUGAUUCUACCAAUACAGUGGUUGCCAAGCAGGCCCUGAAAAAACCCCUCAAGGGCAAGCAGGCCCCUCGGAAAAAGUCUCAAGGGAAAACACAGCAGAAUAGAAAGCUUACAGAUUUCUACCCUGUGCGAAGGAGCUCCAGGAAGAGCAAAGCUGAGCUACAGUCUGAAGAAAAGAAAAAAAUUGAUGAACUGAUUGAGAGCGGGAAGGAAGAAGGCAUGAAGAUUGAUCUCAUUGAUGGAAAAGGCCGGGGUGUAAUUGCCACCAAGCAGUUCUCCCGGGGAGACUUUGUGGUAGAAUACCAUGGGGACCUCAUUGAGAUCACCGAUGCCAAGAAGCGGGAGGCUCUGUAUGCACAAGACCCCUCCACAGGCUGCUACAUGUACUAUUUUCAAUAUCUGAGCAAAACCUACUGCGUGGAUGCCACUCGAGAAACUAAUCGCCUGGGAAGGCUGAUCAAUCAUAGUAAGUGUGGGAAUUGCCAGACCAAACUGCAUGACAUCGAUGGCGUGCCUCACCUCAUCCUCAUCGCCUCCCGCGACAUUGCAGCUGGGGAAGAGCUCCUGUACGACUAUGGUGACCGCAGCAAGGCCUCCAUUGAGGCCUAUCCUUGGCUGAAGCAUUAACCAUGUGGCCUCCCUGCCUCCCUGCCACCCUGCCUCCUUCUUCAAAGGACAAAGUGCCCUCAAAGGGAAAUGAUGUUUGUUUUUUUUUUUACACACACUCUUAGCUAAUUACUUCAGAUGUUUUUAAAAAGUCUAUUAAAGAUGCCUUUUCAUGUAGUAUUUAAAUAUCUGUUACAGGUUUCCAAGGUGGACUUGAACAGAUGGCCUUAUAUUACCAAAACUUUUAUAUUCUCGUUGUUUUUGUACCUUUUUGCAUACAAUUGAGCGUUUGUGCUUCCCGCGCAGUCGAGGACUCGGCCGGCACAGGUGUAGAGAAUGGAGUGGAACGUGAACUAGGAAGCUGGGCUCUGCCCAAGAUGAAAGCCAGGACUCCCCCGCACCCCACGUCCAAGGACAGGCGGGUGUGAGGGUGCUGCCACCCCCCCACGCACAGCCUGGACGGGAUGUCUCCAAGCUCUUGUUCUCCUCAGCGUCUUGACAGGCGUACACAUUGACGUGUGUGAAUAUUUUUUAGCAAAAGUUUUGCAGUAAGCUCGUCUUCCCCUCUGCUUUCUCCAAAGCUUACUGAGCCCGGGGCUCGGAAGCCCGGCCGGGAACAGACCUCUUCCACAGGCUUUUGGCUUUUCCAGGCACCUCGAAGCAUCAGGGUGGGCAGUCAGACUAGAGGCAGGCCGGAAAAAGCACUGUUCUCCUGCCCCAGCGGGGCAGGUCUCCUGAAACUGCAUUAAUUCUUUAUAGAAAUGUGAACACUGAAUUUAUUUUAAAAAAAAUAAUAAAACAACAAAACGUUUUAAAAAAAUUUAAAAAAUGGAAAAAAAACCACAGAAAACAACUUAUAUGUAUAUAGGUUUUGAAAGGAGUGAAAUGACUGUUUUCUUCUGGGUCUGUUUUUUUUUUUUUUUAAGCUUUUUGGCUUGGCUGGAUGGUUUGUGUAGAGAAGAUUUAAGAUGGUACUCUUCUAAUCAAAAGUAAGAUUUUUGUAGUGGGACCAGAAAUUACUAAGUCCAUAUACACCUACCCACCCCUCCACCUGCAACCCUGAUUCUGCUGCAUGGAAAGUUCUCUACCUGCUGCCAAGGCAGAACCCCUGGUAUCCUGUGAAGAUGCUGCAGCCCAGGACCCCUGGAAGCAUCAGAUAUGUGUGGCACUAGGGUGCCUGGCAGCCAGAGAAUCAUUAUGAUCGUUCUUAACCUGUGAUAGCAGAAGUAGGUGGUUUCCUUCCAUCUUGGGGCUGGGGCUCUGGAGCUAGGUAUGAGAACUUACCCUUGUCCCCAACACCUCUCAUUAUCCCCCAGCCUCUUGAUGGUGCUACCUAAGAAAGUCUUCCCCACACCCCUUGCUAGUCCGGUCAGUGGUCAGACUUGGAGGAGGAUCCGACAGGAGGGUGUAACUGUGAGAUAAAAUGUCUUGGUUGUACCUGUUUGUGGCUUAGCUUUGUAUUUAAAUAGCAAACGAAAAAAGGAAAUAAACUUGAAAAUUAUUUGUCAUCAUAAAAAUAAAGCAAAAAGAAUUAAAAUAUUUAUUGCCAGGCAA